AUGACUGCCUCCAAACCUGGUACUCAUCCCGUGCAUACAUCCUCACCUACAAGUACAUCGUGCACUGUAGCUUCGUCUGCUGCUCUCGCGACCUCAGCACCUGGCCAGUCCGAUCAGCCUAGGGUGUCAUGGCGGACCACGUCUUUUGUCAAUGCCAGGUCUAUCUUCGAAUCCGUAACAGCAGCGAUUUCCGCGGGUAGUAACGCAUAUUUGUAUACGUACUGGCUAUAA